AUGGAAGCCCUCAGGAAGAAAGACUUUGAAAUCAGCCAGCUCCAAAGCAAAAUUGAAGAUGAGCAGGCCUUGGGCUCCCAGCUUCAGAAGAAGAUCAAGGAGUUACAGGCCCGUAUUGAGGAACUGGAGGAAGAGAUUGAGGCUGAGCGUGCAUCUCGGGCCAAAGCAGAGAAGCAGCGGGCUGAUCUCUCACGGGAACUUGAAGAGAUCAGUGAGCGUCUGGAGGAAGCUGGUGGGGCAACAGCAGCUCAGAUUGAAAUGAACAAAAAGCGUGAGGCGGAAUUCCAAAAAAUGCGCCGGGACCUUGAAGAGGCCACUCUGCAGCAUGAAGCAACUUCAGCUGCCCUCCGCAAGAAGCACGCAGACAGUGCAGCUGAACUUGGGGAACAAAUUGAUAAUCUGCAGCGUGUGAAACAGAAACUGGAAAAGGAAAAGAGUGAGCUGAAGAUGGAGAUUGAUGACCUUGCUAGCAAUAUGGAAACCGUCUCUAAAGCUAAGUCAACUCUAGAGAAAUUAGCCCGCUCCUUAGAAGAUCAGCUCAGUGAGGUUAAAGCAAAGGAGGAAGAACACCAGCGCACUAUCAAUGACCUGAGUGCUCAAAGAGCUCGUCUGCAAACAGAAACAGGCAAGACACUUAUCUCGUUAUAUAUUACAUGA